AUGGCACGCGGACAUCAGAAGAUUCAGUCGCAACAGAAAGCACAAAAGAGAGCUGAAGCUGCUAAGAAAGCGCAAGGAUGUGAUCAGAAAGGCGCUGCACAGAAGGCUCUCCAUCAUAAGUGUACAGUCUGCAUGGCUCAAAUGCCGGAUCCGAAGACGUACAAACAGCAUUUCGAAAGUAAACACCCAAAGGCACAGCUUCCUCCGGAAUUGAUCGAUGUGCAGGCGUAA